UUCCCCCCCCGUUGGGCCUUGCGCGCUGCUGCCUCCGUCUCAGCUAUCCAGGGUGCCGACUGCCGUCAGCCCGUCACCAGUGCGCCGUCGCUCGGCCGCCGCCGUUGAUCUGCUCCAGGGCGCCGCCUCCGCCGGCCAUCUGUUCGAGGGCGCUGCGUCCGUAUCUCUGCUGCAGCUUACCACCGUCAGUCACGGUCUGUGCAGUGCAGGUCCUUGCUGCAAAAACAUCAAGUUUUAUACAGUCGUUGUGCGCACUAGCCCCUUUCCACUGACAAGAAGACCUUGAAGUCAUUCGAUGUGUGGUAUCGCCCUUGUCCUCUCCAGUGACCGCCUCGUCAUCGUUCCCUGUGCCACUGCGGCUGCCGCCACAUCAGAGAUCCAGCACUCCUGCAAGAGGAAGGGCGUGCCAGAUGAGCUGAAGGAGGCCCUGCGCAGGCGAGGACCUGAUAACCUAGGCUAUGAAAGUCGCUGCCUUCUCGCUGAUGGCACGGUUGUUGUUAGUGAUGGCUACAAUGAUGGAGUAGAGGGUAAAGUCGGUGUGAGUGACUCUGGUGUUGCUGAUUUGUUCUUCAUCGGGGCAACACUGCAUCUUAGGGGAGCUAAGCUGGUUUCACAGCCUCUGGUGGCCCCCACUGGAAGUGUCCUUGUGUAUAAUGGUGAGAUAUAUGGAGGAAUUCAGGUUGCAGAUGAUGAAAACGACACACAAGCUCUUUUUACCUCUCUGGAAUCUUGUUGUUCAUGUGAUUGCCAUGCUCUUGGUAGAGAUAAAACAUGUCCUUGUUGUGGGAGUGGUGCCACAUCAGUUUUGCAACUCCUUUCCACAAUCAAAGGUCCAUGGGCUUUGAUAUACUGGCAGAUGAAGUCAAAUACAAUUUGGUUUGGCCGGGAUGCAUUUGGAAGAAGAAGCCUCUUGGUACAUUGGCCCACAGCUGAUGAUUCUCGUUUCAUACUAUCAUCAGUAUCACCCCUUUCAUUUGCAAAGAAUAACUCUGGUCCAACAGUAAAUGAUUUUGUGUCAGAUCAUGACAUGUCUAACCAUACCAAAGCUAGCUACUGGGAAGAGCUUCCUUGUGGGAUAUACAGCAUCCAUAUGAAAGACAUUGGAAAACAUGGUGCACGCAUGAAGGAAGGGUGGAUUGUGGAGGUUAACACACAUAAAUGGAUGACUUCUUCAUUGAAUGAAUUGAUUAAAUGGGAGAGGAAACUUACAGUUCCUACCAUGGAGAACAAUUCUGUUGACAGAGGGAACCAUCAGUUGUCUCAGAGCUUCAUAAGCUCAAGAGAAGCUGAAGAAAAUACGAAUAAUGGGAUCACAAAGGCAAAUCUCCUGUCAGAUUCUAGUUUAUGUGAAGCAAAUUGCGUAACACAGUUAGCACAUAGAGUAUUGGUUGCAUUAAGGGAAUCUGUAAUGCUGCGGACUAAAAUGAACACACUCUUUCAGGGUACUCUAAAUAAAUUUGAGGACGAAGAGUCAGCCCCAAUAGCAGUCCUCUUCUCCGGUGGUUUAGACUCCAUGAUACUUGCAGCAUUGCUAGACCAGUGCAUUGAUUCCAAAUGGACAAUUGAUUUGUUAAAUGUCAGUUUUGAUGGGCAGCUUGCCCCUGAUAGGAUUUCUGCAAUAGCAGGACUGAAGGAGCUUCAGAGGAUAUCUCCGUGCCGGAGAUGGCGUCUUAUUGAGAUUGACACUGCUUUGACAGACUUGAAAGGGGAAAGCGAACAUGUGAUGUCACUCAUACACCCUUCAAAUACCUAUAUGGAUUUGAACAUUGGUAUUGCUCUCUGGUUGGCUGCUGGUGGGGAUGGUUGGGUGGAUGGAAGUACAUGUCAUAUGCAAGACGGUUCUCGCUAUAAGUACAGGUCAAGAUCUAGAGUCCUUAUAGUGGGUUCUGGGGCUGAUGAGCAGUGUGCUGGUUAUGGUAGACAUCGGACUAAAUAUAGGCUUGGAGGGUGGAAUGCAUUGGAUCAGGAGAUGAGACUAGAUGUGCAGAGAAUAUGGAAAAGGAAUAUGGGAAGAGAUGAUAGGUGCAUAUCUGAUCAUGGCAAGGAGGCCCGUUUCCCAUUUCUUGAUGAGAACGUGAUAAAAACUCUGUUGGAAAUUCCAUUAUGGGAAAUUGCUAAACUUGAUGAACCUGUUGGAAGGGGUGACAAGAAGAUAUUGAGAGAGGUUGCAAGGCUGCUAGGCCUACAAGAAGCUGCUCUUCAGCCAAAGCGUGCGAUCCAGUUUGGUUCAAGGAUAGCGAGGGAGUCGAACCGGAAGAACUUCGGCAGUAACAGAGCUGCGAACCAGGCAUCAGCAGGCAGCGCGCUGGAGGCCGCGGGGUUCGACUGCGCGCACCGCUCCGCGGUGGACGCGGUCGUCGACGUCCUCCUGCGCUACAUCACCCACCUGGGCCGGUCCGCCGCGUUCCACGCCAACCUCGCCGGCCGCGCGCUCGCCAACGAGCUCGACGUCAUCCAGGCGCUCGAGGAGGUCGGCAACGACACGGACGGCUUCGCGGGCGCCGCGGCCACGGGCCACUGCCUCGUCGGCUCCGGCGUCGUCAGGGACCUCAUGGCGUUCGUCGACACCAAGGACGAGGUGCCGUUCGCGCGCCCGCUGCCUAGGUUCCCAGUCCAGCGCGUGCAGCCGCCGCAGCCCACUGCCAGCCCGGCGUCGGCGGCGGCGGCGGAGGGGAGGGAUGCUGGGAUGAGGCACGUACCGGAGUGGCUGCCUGCGUUCCCGGAUCCGCACACCUAUGUGAGCACGGAGGUGUGGGUUGAGCCGCCGCCGACCAAGGACAGGGUGGACAAGGUGGAGCAGGUGCGGCAACGGAGGAAGGCUGAGAAGUCCCUGCUCAGCUUGCAGCGAAGGCUGGCUAUGGCAGGUGCAGAUGGGUUUCGUCCAGCGGUUGGGGUGGAGCAGGAUAGUGCAGAGAAGGGGAAGGAGAUACAGGCAGCUGGGACAAAGAGGAACCCGUUUCUUGAGCCAGCAUUGCCGCCUGGAGAGAAGGAUGUAUCUGAGGUUGAUAUGCCUCCUGAGAAGAAGAAACUCUCUGUUCUUGAGGCAUUUGCGCCAGCUAUCCAAGCUAGAACCGUCAGGGAGAUUGAUGCUGGGGCAGGGGUGGAUCAAAAUCAAAGGAGCAUUGUUCCAAAAGAGAGGGCUCCGGUGCAUCUUAAGCUUGGAUUUGAAAAGAAGCCAUUAGCAGCGGCUCUGAAUUCAAGAGCCCUGGACCUGAGGGAAGAUCCUUCCUUCUUGAAAGAGGAAGCAAAGGAUGACAAGAAGCGGAGAGCCGGCAUGAUAUUAAGGGCAUCAAUGGAGAAUCCACAAGAACUUCCUCAGCUCUAAAGUUGUUUGUGGAGGAAGUGCGGUACCCAGAGUGGAGUUGCAUCAUGGCGUAAUUGUGGAACUUCAGUUUCCAGAAUCUUGAGGCCAUGUGUCCGUGAUACAACCUUCCACAAGAGCUUAACCUGCACCUGGGCUCUCGCGUCUCCACCUACAAUUUUCCUUGAAUCACCAGGCACUGAUAAAUUUCAGCAGCGCUGUAACUGAAGUUCCACCGUCUCACCGCAUUGAUAUUUCACCUUCCAACUGUAAGCGGGUUAGUUCAGACGGAGCUGAUUUGUGAGGCCGUGGUUCUUGUCCCCCAGACAUGGCAUCCAAAAGAAUGAUGCUCCUGAGUUAGUUUUUGUAGCUGUAUUCCCUGGUAGAAUUGAAGAGAGAUGUUUGUACAAAAGCUAACCUGAUUGUUCUUACCAAGACUCGUCAUAGACAGGAUUGAUGUACGUAGUGGGUUACUCUCAAGAACCAGCUUCAGUACUGCAGUAUGUUCCUAAUAGUGCAGUAUGGGUAUGGCCUCCCACACCGCCGCUGUGUUGGGGACAUAAACACUUUCCAGAUACUUGAUGAAUGACUCGAUUAUGAGGAUUGAUUGAUUGAUUCUAGUUGGUGAGUUCAUGUCCUUAGUGACUUGAUGUAGUGCAUUGUAGUUGGGAGGCUGGGAUUGUAAUCACAGUGUACCAUAUGAUUCUUUCGUCUUUUCCCCCAUCUAACUUGAGUAUCCCAGAUUGAAUUUGUGAAGAUUUUAUUUUGGAAGGAAGCAUGUUGAAAUGUG